CCAGUGAGCUGCACAGCCUCCACCCCCAGCCAAACACCCCCUGUUCCCUGCACUGACCUUGCUCAAAAUUCUGCAGAGGGGACCAUGCAUCCAGCAGUGCCCAAUAUCCACUCACAGCACUCCUGAACCCUCAUUACCCACCUGGGCACUGAUCACUACUUGCAUUUGGCUGCUCUGCUCCACCCAGACACCAGGCUCACUGCCCCCCUCACUGGGCUCCUCACUGGGACCUGGACAGAAUGACUGGUGUGUUUGACAGCUUGGUGUCAGACAUGCAUUCAAACCAAAUGACCUCCAGCAGCUAUCACAGUCUGCACAAGUCCCAGGAGUCUCCAACUCUGCCAGUGUCCACAGCCACAGAUAGCAGCUAUUACACCAACCAGCAGCAGCAGCACUGUGGAGGGGGGUCCCCCUAUGGACAGCUAGCUGGAUCGUACCAGUUCCAUGCCAGUGGCAUCAAUGGGAUCUCUUACUCUGCCAAGUCCUAUGACCUGUCCUAUAAUGGCUCUUACAGCACCUAUGGACCAUAUGGAACUAGCCCUUCCCCUACACACAAUGACCCAGAGAAGGAGGAAUGUGAGCCUGAAGUCAGGAUGGUGAACGGAAAGCCAAAGAAAGUCAGGAAACCCAGGACAAUCUACUCCAGUUUCCAGCUGGCUGCCUUGCAAAGACGGUUCCAAAAAACCCAGUACCUGGCACUGCCCGAGAGAGCUGAGCUGGCUGCCUCCCUCGGCCUGACCCAGACACAGGUGAAAAUCUGGUUUCAGAACCGCAGGUCUAAGUUUAAGAAGAUGUGGAAAAGUGGGGAGAUCCCCUCUGAUGGGAGGCCAGCAGUCAGUGACUCCCCACCAUGCAGCUCCCCCCCUUCCUCUGCAGUGACCUGGGACUUUGCAACACACCAAAGGCUGCAGGGGACAGGCUCUGCUCUCCAGCCCCCCAGCUCUGGGUCCAGCCCCAGCCCAUUCCUGGGCAACUAUUCCUGGUACCAACCUUCCAACCCCAGCUCCCACCUCCAGUCUAACCCUCUGCUACAUCAACAGCAACAUCACCUUCAUCACCAUCACAACACUGCAGCUGUCACUGCAGGGACUAUUUUCUAAACACCCCCUUUUCAAAUGCCAAGUUAUGGGAUGUAAUGGACCAACAAGCAACAGGCUGGACACGUAAAAACCUGUAAGUGGGAGAAAGAAUUAAGUGGGAGAUCUUUCUGUGUCAAUGAUCAGGGGGCGAUACAAGCUCAGGUUCACAAGUCAGACUGGUGAUCUGAUUAAUCAUUUUAUUUACUCCAGCAUAAGGCACUGAGAAAAAGCAAGGACUCUGUGUGCAAACAAUUGGCA